UUUACACUAGAGCAUGUUGUGCAUUAACUGACAUCUGCGGAUAGAUUGAUGUUUCUGGCAGGUCUAAGGUGAUCUGUCCCGUCCCGUGUGCAGGCUGUACAAUGAAAUCCUUUCAAUGGAUUCCCUGCACUCUCAGCCUGCUGCUCUGUACUGCUGAUGCAGGCAUUGGUACAAGACCUAAUUUUGUCUUUAUGAUGGUGGACGAUUUAGGAAUUGGAGACCUUGGAUGCUAUGGAAACACAACUCUCAGGACGCCCAACAUUGACAGACUGGCUCUGGAAGGGGUGAAACUGACCCAACACAUUGCUGCUGCGCCACUCUGCACUCCCAGCAGGGCAGCCUUUCUGACAGGCAGAUAUCCCAUUCGAUCAGGUAUGGCAGCACAUGGCCAAAUGGGAGUAUUUCUCUUUUCUGCAUCAUCAGGAGGUCUUCCACAAGAGGAAAUCACCUUUGCCAAGGCUGUCAAAGUGCAAGGUUAUUCCACCGCUGUAAUUGGGAAGUGGCACCUGGGUCUUAACUGUGAAGACAGUUCUGAUCACUGCCACCACCCAAACUCACAUGGCUUCGACUACUUUUAUGGCACCAUUAUGACGCACCUUCGAGACUGCCAGCCUGGACAUGGCUCUGUCUUGUAUAACGUUUAUGGUCACAUCCCAUUCAAGCCCCUUAGUAUCGGUUUAGUUUCCCUAGUAGUACUCCAUAUUAGAGGGAUGUUAACUGUAAGCAGGAGGGUAUUUUUCAGUUUUCUGAUCUUGGUAGGGCUGGUGCUGAGUCUCUUUGGUAUGUUGGUAUACACAUUCCCCAAUCUAAAUUGCUUUGUCAUGAGAGGGACGGAAAUAGUGGAACAACCAUAUAUUUCAGAAAACCUCACACAAAGGAUGACCAGUGAAGCCAUAGAGUUUCUGGAAAGGAAUUCAAAGACCCCAUUCUUGCUCUUCUUCUCAUUUAUUCAAGUCCACACAGGAGUUUUUGCCUCUCCUCUCUUCAGGGGAAGGAGCCAACAUGGCCUCUACGGUGAUGCUGUCAUGGAAGUAGACUGGAGUGUAGGUCAGAUCAUGCAGACUCUGGAGCGCUUAAACUUGAAGGACAACACUCUAGUGUACAUGACCUCAGAUCAGGGGCCUCACCUGGAAGAGAUUUCCGUCCACGGAGAGAUGCAUGGGGGAUAUAGUGGCAUAUACAAAGCUGGCAAGUCAACUAACUGGGAAGGAGGAAUCCGAAUUCCGGGCAUUUUUCGUUGGCCAGGUGUCUUACCCGCCGGGAAGGUCAUCGAUGAGCCCACUAGUAACAUGGAUAUUUUCCCUACGGUCUUGAAUUUAGCUGGUGCUUCCAUACCCGAUGACAGAGUCAUCGAUGGUCGUGAUCUUUUGCCACUUCUGCAAGGGCAAGUGGAGCGUUCUGAACAUGAAUUCUUGUUUCAUUACUGCAAUGCUGAACUGAAUGCUGUCAGAUGGCACCCACCCAACAGUAGCACAAUUUGGAAGGCCUUUUUCUUUACUCCUGACUUCCACCCAGAGAACAGCUCAGCAUGUUUUCACACUCAUGUCUGCUUCUGCAUCAAGCCAUUCGUCACGUUUCAUGAUCCUCCGCUGCUUUAUGACCUAUCCAAAGACCCAACAGAAAGCACCCCCCUGAGUCCCAACACAGAGCCUCUGUUCCACUCAGUUCUAGAGGUCAUAAGAGCAGCAGUAAGCCGUCAUACACAGAGCCUGAAACCUGUCCCAGUGCAAGUCUCUCCUCUGCAAAUAGUGUGGAAGCCCUGGCUCCAGCCCUGCUGUUCUUCACUCAGUCAGCUGUGCAGGUGUGAACGAGAUCAUCAGAUAGAGAAGGUACAGGAUGGGCUUCAAAAAGAAUAGUCUGCUGCUCAGAAUCAUAAGGGCAUGUAAUGCGUAAAGGAAUAGUUCCCCCAAAGCUGAAAAAUUCUUUCAUCAUUUUCAAAGCUUCUAAUGUUGUAAAACUUUUUUUUCCUGUGGAAUGCAAAAGAAUUCUACCAUUCAAUAUAAAUAUAAGGAU